AUGACUAUCUCCCGUGCCCUUUUCGGGCGAUCCUUCCUCUCCCCGAAGCUCAUCCUCGAGCGGACGCCGUUUGGAUCGUUGUUGUCAGCUUCUAAGAAAAAACAGUUCACCCCGACCCUACGUCAAGGAGCGUACCAGGUGCUGCCGCCACAGCCCAUUCCGGCGCAUAUCACACGCCCGCCGUACGCCGCUUCCCGCAACGAGAGCGAGUUACGUGCGUACUACUCCCAGCCCUGCGUACAUGCGGAGGUAAAGAAUGCUCAGCAGAUCGCGGCUAUGCGCGCAGCGGCACGCGUAGCUGCCGACUGCCUAAAGCGGUGCAUGGAUGCAACCGCUGAAGGCGCUACUGCGGAGGACAUUGAUCGCUUGGGGCAGGAAUUCAUCGUGUCGAGAGGCGCGUACCCGGCUGGCGUGGGCUUCCACGGGUUCCCGAAGGCGAUAUGCAUUUCGGUGAACGAGGUGGCCUGCCACGGCAUACCCGACACGCGUCCAUUCACGCGCGGCGACGUGGUAUCGUACGACUGCACGGUGUUCCACGACGGCGUGUUCGGAGACUGCGCCGCCACAGCCAUAGUGGGUGAGGCCACUGAGGCCGUCAACACGCUGGUACGCGUGGCCAAGGAGUGCGCAGACAAGGCAGUGGCUGCUGUUGCUCCCGGCGUCGAGUUCGCGCGGCUGGCCGAGAUCGUGACCUCGCAUGCUGCCGCCUUUGGAUUCGGCGUGGUGCGGGAGUUUGGCGGCCACUUCAUCGGCGAGCUCAUGCACAUGCCGCCGAUGGUGCAGUUCAAGCACCCCAGCUCAACGCCUGGGGUGAUGCAGGCGGGGCAGGUGUUCACCAUUGAGCCCAUCAUUUGCCAGGGCGACCCCGCCAUCUACACCUGGGACGACGGGUGGACCAUCGCCACUUGCGAUGCCGGCUUUUGCGCGCAGUUCGAACACACGGUCCUGGUCACGGACACCGGCUGCGAUGUGCUAACUCUGCCGCAGGGCUAA